AUGACCGUGUUGGGGGGCAAGAAGGGUCAGGAGCCUAACCCGAAGAUGAGCAUGCCGGCGGUGUUGCGCGCGCAAAAGGAUUUCGCGAACGUCGACUCUAGUCUAGAGGUUCUCUUGAAGCGCCACGGAGGGGUUGCGCUCAUGCUUCCAAAGUUCCAUUGCGAGUUGAACCCGAUCGAGCUUGUGUGGGGUAGAUCCAAGUGGUGGGUCCGCAGGAACUGCAAAUACACUAUCGCCUGCAUGCGAGAGAACGUUUCCAAGAGCUUCAGGGUAGACAACUUGAGCCUAGACAUCGUUCAAAAGUUCUGCCGGAAGGUGGCCAACUUCCACGCGGUGUACGACGCAGGGCUUACGGGCGCCGAGGCGGUAGAUGCGCAAGAGAAAUGCAAGUCGCACCGUAAGCCGGCUCCAUCCGAAUACAUUAACCCCAAGUAACGUAUGCUAAAAGUCGGUACGUUGUGUAUGGGGUUCGAAAGAAUGACCUCAACAUUUGCUUCUGUCCACAGAACUCUUCGGUAGGGUACUGGGAGAAUACAGAAUGUUCUGUGAAAUCUCUGUAGGGUACUGGGCGAGUACCGAAUGUUCUGUGAAAUAUCUGUAGGGUACUGGGGUCUGACAGAUCUUCUUUGUAGUGAUCUGUCUGUACUUACAGAGGGAAAAUACCGCCGGUACCCAUCUGUGAGGACCCUACAGAACGGACCUGUGCUUCUGUCGGUGUCGGUUGUCCACGAAGUUUGUUCUCCGUUUUUUUUUUCGACCGGCUGCGUUUCCCUCCCGGUCGAUACGAUCGGUAGUAUUGGGCAGGCGAUGCGCUGUAUGUAGAAGACUAGUAUUUUGGCAAUCGUAAAACGUAGUGCGAGGGAGUGUUAUCGAGUGUAAAUACAGGGUUUUCCCAACGAUGAAGCGAAAACAACGAAAUGUCAAGCGUUGAACGAUAAGUUUUGCGACCAGAAAAGGGGGGUACAAUCUCNAUGUCAAGCGUUGAACGAUAAGUUUUGCGACCAGAAAAGGGGGUUACAAUCUCUUGUGCCCCCCUUUUAAUGUGUAUAUCUGCUUGUUAAGUGUUUUUUUUUUUUUUUUGAGGGCGCCAUCGCGUUCGCCUGUUCAAACCCCGCCGAUAUCAACCAAGAACAAAAAAAAACGGCAUGAUUACGAUAGUGGUUAUCGAGAUAUUGGACGAAAAGUUUGAUCCCCUCCCUCCCAAAAACGCCUGGAAAAACCUAUACGAAAACCACGAAUUCUCAGAAACGUUUCAAAUCGAUUUGGUCCCUGAAC